AAUACAUUUAAUAGCCACUGUAGUUCUAUUUAUAUCUUGGUGUGAAUUUUCAAGAAAACUACAGAACAUUUCAUAAGAACUGUGCGACUCGUUCAACAAAGUGAUAACCGGAAGCUGCAAAUAUUAUCCGCCUUUUCAAAAGAAGGCCUACUUUAUUUUUUAUAAAAACUGAAAUCAAAUCGUAAUUUUAAUUUCGAGAUCUAGGUGUUAGUCUCGUUCUAUUUGUUUAUAGAAAGAGGAUAUAAUCUAUGUAUGGUUUUAUGAAACUUGCCAUUACUGGAGAAGGUGUCCAGCUAGUCGAUACCAAGUCUAAAAAAUGCUUCACUGAUGACAGGGUUAUGUUUCUUUUAGUUCAACAGCCCAUGCCAAAAUAGAAUCUAUAAUUUUGUUAUCAUCAUGAUUCAAACAGAAUUCAGAGAAUCGUCAUAUAUAUACGUCACAAGUUCACAUAGCCUACAACGAGAGGAGCUAAGCUCACGAAUGAAUUCGCCCGACCAACAGCCCAAUGUACCAAGCGAUCAUGCGGAGGACCAAAUUGACGUCCCCCCAAACGUGACCCGUAAAUCUAUAGAAUCCACGGGGAGCGAGCGUCGAAGUAUCCGGGAAACUUGGACGCGGGCUGUGGACUUCUUGGUGGCUUGUAUAGGUUUCUCUGUAGGACUGGGUAAUGUCUGGAGAUUCCCUUAUCUAUGUUACAAGAACGGCGGAGGUGCUUUCUUAAUUCCUUACAUUUUCUCCGUUUUGUUUGGCGGUAUCCCGCUGUUUUACUUGGAGGUAGCCGUGGGACAGUACAUGAGUAAAGGCGGUCUCCAAGCGUGGAAUUUAGUACCACUAUUUCAAGGAAUUGGAUUAGCGUCAGCCAUUAUAGUAUUCUAUCUGGACUGUUACUACAAUGUCAUCUUGACCUGGAUAUUCUACUAUUUCUUUGCGUCCUUCACCUCUGAGCUUCCUUGGCAGAACUGUAACAACGAGUGGAACACUAAGAACUGCUCCGUAAACUUCACGCAUUCACUCCGUUACAACAGGACAGAAAAGCGCCACCUAUUGGACCCUGUUACUGAGUAUUGGGAAAACAAAGUGCUUGGUCUGUCUUCGGGCCUCCACGAGAUGGGAAAGUUGAAGUGGGAUCUCGCCUUGUGUUUGGCGUUUGUUUGGCUACUGGUCUUCCUGUGUAUCUGUAAAGGCAUCAAAAGUUCAGGCAAGGUCAUGUAUGUCACAGCCACGUCACCAUAUGUUUUAUUGUUUGCGCUGUUGAUUAAAAAUACCACCCUGGAUGGCGCCAAGGAAGGCAUCGCCUAUUACGUGACGCCCAAUUUCACCCUGAUACGCAACACCCAGGUCUGGGUUGAUGCUGGGACACAGAUUUUCUUCUCGUCGUCUAUCGCUCUUGGGACACUGACCGCUCUGGGCAGUUACAACAAGUUUAACCAUAACUCCUACAGGGACUCAUUGAUAUUUACUUGUGUCAAUUCAGGAACUUCUAUCUUGUCCGGUUUUAUUGUCUUCUCCAUCCUUGGCUUUGUUGCCAAGCAACAGGGCAAAGACAUCAAAGAAGUCGCGGAAUCGGGUCCAGGCUUAGCCUUCAUUGCCUACCCCAACGCUGUAGUGCAGCUGCCUUAUGCGCCCUUUUGGUCCGCCUGUUUCUUCCUAACGCUCAUUCUUCUAGGACUUGACAGUCAGUUUGUUGGUGUAGAGGGCGUUAUUACGACAUUUGUAGAUCAGUAUCCAAAUCUGGUAAGGAAAGGUCACAGAAAGGUCAUCUUCAUUGCUGCCUCGUGUGUAACCAUGUAUCUGAUUGGCUUGUCCAUGGUGUUUGAGGGCGGCAUGUACGUGUUUCAGCUAUUUGACUACUACUCAGGGAGCAGGACCAUAGUCCUGGUAGGACUCUUAGAGCUUGUAGCUAUCUCGUAUGUCUAUGGUAUUCGUCGCUUCUAUGAAAACGUCAUGAUGAUGGUUGGCCACUCCUGGCUUAGAUAUACUCUCCCCUACAUGCUCAUCUGCUGGUCAGUUAUCUCCCCUAUAUUUUGUCUCGUUCUCUUUAUUUUAAGUACGCGCGAGUACACGGACUUGACUUAUGAGAGAUCGAACAAAAGGAUCUAUGUUUAUCCUCAGUGGGGUGUGAUGAUUGGCUGGACAAUGGCCGUGUCCACGGUUAUUUGGAUCCCCAUAGUGGGCAUUUUUAAAUUUGUCAAAAAUGGUGCGACCUGGGAGGUGUUCAAGCUGCUCCUGGUGCCAUACCACCUUCACCCCCACCAGAUGCGACCCGAGGACGCCUCUGAGUUAAACCUCAAGAAACUUGAGGAGGUCAGGAAAGGAAAGUUCAAGUCACUUGCGGCAGCCAUGCUUCACGAAAGCACCAAAAAGGAUGAGUCCCCGGCGCCCGAUGUCUGGCGAACGUCUGCCUGGACCAUAGGGUACACGGUCAACUCGAAGAGAGAAGUGGAGACGGCCUUAGAAUAAUGACUUGUUCUCUGUCUCUUCGUUGAUGGUGGGUGAGAGUCUGGAAGCUGUUUAAAAUAAUAGCUGCCGUUUAAUGACAUGUGCUUUUUUAAAGGCGGGGGGGGG